AUGAACUCUCUUUUCAAUUCGGCAUUGAAGCAGUCUUCUGCUAUCCGUCGCGAUCUGGACACAUUCGCACAGUCUCCUGCCACAUCCUCACCCGCAUUACAAGGCCAGAUCGCAGCUUCACUUGCCUCCCUAUCGCGUACCGUCGAUGACUACUCAGCUCUAUCGAAGAAAGAAUUGAUACCCGAGAAGCAACAGAAGGCGUUUGAGAGAGUAAAUAAUUUCCGGUCGGAGCUUGCAGAUUACCGACAGCAUUUCGAUCGGCUACGCAAAGAACGAGAGGAUGCCCAAUCCGUGACAAACCGUAGUGAAUUGCUUGGUCGACGUCCACAUCACACAGCGACCCCAGAGAACCCAUACGCCCAAUCCUCUCUUCCACAGUCAUCGGCUUUUGCUCCAUCUUCGUCCCGGGGGGGGCUCAGUUUUGGUGCUUCACCCGCAGAUUACAACCGAGAGACUCAUGCGCUUCGCGAGCAAUCUUUCUUGGCCAACACGAGCACACAGCUCGAUGACUUCCUGGACCGGGGACGUGCUGUACUUGCGGAUCUUGGACAGCAGCGAGAGGUGCUGAAGGGGACGCAGCGUCGGCUGUAUAGUGUCGCUAAUACUCUGGGAGUCAGUGGUGAAACUAUCCGAAAAGUGGAGCGACGGGCAAAGCAGGACAAGUGGAUUUUCUGGGGUGGGGUUGUGAUAUUCUUUCUCUUCUGCUGGGCUGUAUUGCACUUUUUGAGAUAG